GGGAAACGUUGGAUUUUGUUUCCAUGGUGUGUUAGCGAGGCGGAGCUCCCGCACUGGGACGCACAUUUUGACGUGGGAAACGCUUAUUGUACGUUCCAGAGAGUUCCCGUGCGCUGUGCGGCCUGCAGUUGGAGCCGGUUUUCAUGUGCGACAGUGUGAUACAGCUGCUAAAUGCUCCUCGAGCUUUAUGAUGGAGUUGUAGGUCUCUGAGCUGCAUCUGGAGACCUGGAGGUGGAGAAGAGGUUGAUUGUUGGGCGAUGCUUGUUUGACUUGUCGAUAUUUUGCGCAAUUCUGCCCUCUUGUGGUUGUAACAGUCAGAGGCUGGCACCAUAUUCCAAACUCCCACCAUCUGCACUGAAACCACUGCACAGCAAUUCAUUUUACUUUAAGGUCCACUCACACACACCAUCCACCAGCAUCCGUGCUUCCACAGUUGUUUUUGUUCUCUUUUUCUGGUGAUUUUUACUAAUUAACAUAUUUUUUUACACACUGCUCCUAUGUGCUCUUUCUUUUUCAAAAAAAGGUCUGCUUUUCUAUCUGGUGAGAAAAAAAUUCUCACACAACACACAGAAAAUUAAAAGAUUUUCCAUGAGCAUAUUAAUCAGAGUUGAGUCACUUACUGUAACUGUUGUGGCAGCAGUAGGUGUGAGCGUGACUCAUGUUAACGUUAUCAUUUCUGCUCCUUUUGUUAAUAAUUAACAGUCAGUCAACUUUCCAGCUCAUCUCUCCGGUCAGCGCCCUCGCAGGCAGUCGGACAGCCCAUUUUGUGAAAACUGCUGAUAACAAGCGCGUUAUUGUGAUUUUUCAGCGCCUGUCUGUUGUUGAUUUAUUUUUAUUAUAUGACUGUAAACAUGUGUUGGCUCGCACAGUAGUGCCUCUGGUGUCAGGGAUGAACUUCGCUGGUGGCAACUUUUGAAUUUCUUCUGUCGAUAUGGUCUGCAUUUUCUCCCAUAUGUGAGAAAUGCCAGCUGCUCCUCAUGGACGUGGACUGUACCAAUGAUACCUCACCAUCUGUGUGCUCUGAAGAGGCAUCGGGUCCACUUGCUCUCAUCAUCAUCCCCUCUCUGUUGGCUCUGAGCACAGUUUUAGUUGUGAUUCUGAUUUUCUGCAGUCUCUAUGCAAACAAACAAAGAAGACAGAGGACCACAGGUCUUUUUACAAAUGGCCAGCAGAGCGUAUCCCUGACUGCCGAUUCUGUAAGCACUCCAAAUGUCCAGGCAGCUUUGUGUCCCUGGGAAAUCCCUGAAGAGUGUGUUCUUGAGGGACUAGAGUUUUGGCAGACGGGUCGCUAUGGCCCUAUUUGUAAAGGUUUGCUUCAGAAUAGAGAUGGAGCCUCAUCUGCUGUGGUGGUUAAGUCCCUCCGAGAUGGCCCCAACCAGCCUGAAGCUAAGGAGUUUGUGCAAUGGGUUUUCUUCCACACCACAGUGUGUAAACAUGAGAACGUGGUGCAGAUGUUGUACUGUCAGACCAAGCGUCCACCCAUGUACCUGGUCUUAGAUGCCUACAACCCAGGGAACCUCCUUCACUUCCUCUGGACUCUGAGAAAUACAAAUUCAAGCACAGCAGAUCCAUUGCAAAACUUCUCUGAGAGGUCAGUGUUUCUGGUGGCAAAGCAGGUUGCUGCUGGUCUGGAUUACCUGAUGUCCGAGCACAGGCUGGUGCAUGGCAAUGUUGCUGCCAGGAACAUCUUAAUUGGCCCUGGUCUCUCAGCCCGAGUGUGUGGGCUGGGUGUGGCAUUUAGAGCACGCGAAAUGGAUUCAGCAAUUACAAAGAGAGCAACAGAGGUGCCUCUGAAAUGGCAAGCGCCAGAGAGGAUUAUGAUGCGGCUCAGUAUCGACAGGAGCGACGUGUGGUCAUUUGGAAUCUUACUCUAUGAGCUGAUUACCUUAGGCUCUCCCCCAUAUCCGGAGCUGGAGCCUCCGUCAGUGCUUCCAAAGCUACAGGCAUCUUAUCGAAUGAAGAGACCAAAGAACUGUGGGGGACCUUUGUAUGACCUGAUGAAGUACUGCUGGAUGUGGAGUUUCAAAGACCGGCCAGCAUUUUCAGCCAUCAUAAAGCUUUUGGAGUGGUCACUUCACCUUGCUGCUACUAACCCUGUUUGUGUUCCUGAGGUCAUUGACAUAUUUGAAUAUAACAGAAAGGCAGGGCUGCUCUCAUAGUGUCAUGUAAUAAUAUCUUCUGUUAUCGGUCGGCAGCAUUCAAUAAGAAAACAAAGUGCAGUUGUUUCUUCAAUUGCAAAAAUUGA